AGCAACAGCAUCCCAAACAGUUGCUUGGCCAAGAUGUCGGCGUGUUGCGUGUCCGGCUGUAAGUCGACCUCGACCGGCGGACGGCAAUUUUUCAAAGUACCCUUUGGGUCUAUGCCGUUUACGGCCAACCGGAGACGUCUGUGGCUCAAAGCCCUCAAGCCCGUGAACGGCAGCACCAAGGAGCUCGGGCGAAACGCUUUUGUUUGUAGCGCUCAUUUUAAGUCACAAAGAGCCGCCUUGAACCCCGAUAGUCCCGACUUUGUGCCGUCCGUGUUUACAUGCGCUAAACGGAAACGAAAGAAAAAGAGGAAAAGCAUCUACAGACCGAUAAGAAGGCAACGCCACAAAGCCGAUGUGGAAGUGGAAGAAGAAAAAACGACAGCGCCCGGAGUUGAUUCUCCUAUGGUCCUGAGGUCCUCUGUUAUGGUGACGCCAAUACAGACCUCUUCAACUCCAUCCGCACCACAGGAAGGAGAAACAUUGACUAAAGAGCAUGAGACUGAAACUACACCUGUCGAAUCAUCACAAACAACAUCCAGCCCACACAAGGCGUCGGCAUCAUUCAACACCGCGGGGGGCAUCCCGCAACUAGACAAAAGAAGUCCAUUUGUGCUCCUUAAAAAUAUAUAUCGCUCACCAGGCGGAUAUCUGUGUGAGCAUUGCGAUCAGAGCUUCGCCGACGUUUCACAGCUCAUGGGGCACAGAAAACUGCAGAGCUCCUUUGUCUGCGAGAAAUGUGGACUGUUUUUCCAAAGCCGUGCUGAUUUCACCGAGCACCGUUGUGUCCCCGAGCCCUCCUUUCCGUGCAACAUGUGUGAUCGCUCUUUCUCUGCAAUUCCUAACCUCAAGCGCCAUAGGCUGAUGCACGUCAAAGAUGGCAGGAAGUGUCCCACGUGCGGAGCGCUCUUCUGUCAACGCCACAGUCACGUUUUGUUCCAGCCGCUGCCGCCGUCCGUAACGGAGUACGAAGAGGAUUCCGCCGCCACCGGGCCUCAAAAUGUUUACGGUACCUUGAAGGACGAAACCCCCAAAAUCUCUUCAGAAAUCUUUGUGCCCCCGUUAUGCCAACCUCCCUUUCAGUCGGGUCCACCGCCGCCGGUUACCAAGGUUACAAGGAGACGUACGGCUGCGUCGCAACCUGCAUCCUUCGCUCGGCCGCUUCUCCCUCAACAUCCAGAACUUCCACCUUCACUAAAGCUCUUUUCACCAAAGUACCUCACCUCAGCGUUUCUUCAGGUUAAAAGAAAUUAUGACUAUAUAUUAAGCAAACCAAAAGGUGUUAAGGAGACUGUCGUGAAGGAGGAACCGUGCGAGCCGCCUCUUCCUCCGCGUGAGCAAAGCGUUGCGAACAUCAAAAAGGAAAGAACUGCUUACAACCUGGAGGUUGUGCUGUGAAGUUGUCUCUUUUCUAAAGUUUAAUAAGACUUGUGCUUUGUCUGAUAUUCUGUCAAACACAUGAGGGGUAUAUUAACAUUAACCCAGUUUUUUUUAAAUUCUACUUUAUUGUUCCUAAAAUAUGAUUAUACUGUGAAGAUAUUGUGCACCUUUUGUCUUUUAAAGAUUUUUUUCUUUGGCAGUUUGCCUCAACGUGGUUCAGCACCUCGACAGUAAUGUUUAAACAAAUUAUGCUGUAUAAAAUAUGGUAAAGACUUCUGUAUUUAGGUUUAGUUAUUUAAAUAAUUCUGGGUUCCCGUCUACCGCAGUGAGCGGGAACUGCAUAGAAAGUGUUUAUUUAUUGCCAUAGGUUUGCACAUGAAGUUACAUUUUUAGAUACACGCUCCCAGGUUUUAAACAGUGAAUAAAAAAAUUACUUUACAUA